UCCGGUAGUAGUACCUUUUGUGUUUUUUGUGGGCGGCAGGCGUCCAAGGCGGAGCACGCGUCGGUGCUGCUGUGGAGUGCCAGCACGUGGCGCCAGCUGCAGGCGCUACCGUGCCACGCCCUCACCGUCACGCAGAUGGCCUUCUCGCCUGACGCCGCCAUGCUGCUGCUGGUCUCCAGAGAUCGCACGUGGUCUCUGUGGCAACGACAACAGGCUCAUUCAGAGCCUCAGUAUCGUUUGUACGCGCACACUACGAAAGACACAUCGGUGCACAGCCGGAUCAUCUGGUCAUGCGAUUGGAGUCCCGACGGCACAUACUUUGUGACGUCCAGUCGGGACAAGAAGGUGCUGGUGUGGGGACCUUGUACAAAGGAUAACCGUAGCAACUCUGUCGCUCUUGCUGAGGUGAAGCCAUGCUCCUCAAUCUUGGAUGUGGGCGAUUCUGCUACGGCCGUCACCUUCUGUCCCCAGCUCUACUCCGACAACAGUUAUCUGCUGGCCGUGGGACUGGAGUGCGGUCGGAUAAUCGUGUACGGGUGGAGGCCCGGCGGAGAUCGUGCCGGAGGCCAAGACUGGAUCAGAUACGGAGAAACAGACCCUUCACAAAGUCACACUCUGGCCAUCAAAAGGUUGCGCUGGAGGCCCCGCGCGGGCCGAGCAGGGGUCCCGGAGGAGCGCGCCUGGCUGCAGCUGGCCAGUGCUGGCGCCGACCACGCUGUCAAGAUCUUCGACAUCAACACAGAGGCUCUUUAGCACCACCUGUUGCCACCCUUGUGCACAGAUAACUAUAAGAAACCAUGUUUUGUUUUGUUUUUUUUUUAAUUUAUACUGACCAAUAAACAACACUUUUUUUUGUAUGA